AUGAAAGAUUAUAUAUUGUUGAAUUGUUUGACCAAUGUUCAUUUUAUAAUUUUUAUCUGUUUAUUUGUUUGUAUUUGUUCAAUUGACUUGUUUGCUCGUCUUUCACAACAUAAAGGAUCAUCUGAAAUAAAAAUGCCAAUAAAACUUGAACGAAAACAUGCUCUUCCAAUGACAUUGGUUCCAAUAAUGAUGGCACUUGGAUUUGUUCUUUUUAAAUUAUAUACAGCAAGUAAAAUAACCAAUCCUGAAACUGGUCGAGUAUCUCGAAUUAAUCUUAAACCUGAACAAGAACUUCAAUUAGGUAUAGAAGCUUAUGCUCAAGUAAAAAAAGAUGAAGCAUCAAAAAUUAUUCAAAGUGGACGUGACGUUGAUUUAGUUAAACGAGUUACAACUAAACUUGCAGCAGCAGCUGCUCAAAGGGCAACUGUUCAUUACAAUUGGGAAGUCAGUGUUGUUCAAUCACAUGAAAAAAAUGCUUUUUGUUUACCUGGUGGAAAAAUUGUCGUUUAUACUGGCAUUAUUCCAAUAGCACAAAAUGAAGCAGGAUUAGCUACUGUACUUGGUCAUGAAAUGGCUCAUGCUACUUCAAGACAUAGUGCCGAAAGACUUUUUCGUUCUGAUAUAACUCAAACUCUAUUAGGUGGUGUACAAGGAAGUCUUGCUCAACUGGAUCCAAGUCAAAAACAGGCAGUAAUGGCAGCAUUAGGUGCUGGCGCAAAAUAUGGAUCAGCAUUACCAUUUUCUCGUGAACAAGAAUCUGAAGCCGAUCAUAUUGGUUUAUUGUAUAUGGCUCGUGCUGGUUAUGAUCCAAAAGAAGCAGUUGCUUUUUGGCAAAGAAUGGAUGAACAAAUUGGUAAAGGUUCUCCACCAGAAUUUCUUUCUGAUCAUCCAUCACACGGUAAACGUAUUGAGCAACUAAGAAAAUGGAUGCCCGAAGCAGAACAAGAACUUGCUCAUAAUCGUGCACCGGCUGCAUAA